GAUGGCAGCGACGAGCCCGGCACGGAAGCCUGCGCGGGCUUGAGCAGCACGCUGUACUACUGUACAAACGAGCAGAGCGACCCACUGUACAUCUACGCCUCGAGAGUCAACGAUGGCGUCUGCGACUGCUGCGAUGGCAGCGAUGAGUGGCAGGCUGAGCGGAGACAGAUCAGUUGCCCCAACACCUGUGCAGAGGAGGGCCGAGCUCUCCGCAAAGAACGGAGCCGACAGAUUGCCGACCUCCAUGCGGGCAUUAAGCAGCGGGAGAGCCUCAUCAGCACCGCCAAGGCCGAGAGGCUCAAAGCUGAGGAGGAGCUUCGGAAGCUCCAGGCACAGCUCCCAGGGCUGGAAGGCGCAGUGCAGGAGGCCACGGCCCGACUCGACGAC